AUGGCCUACUCAACGCGCUUCGCCGUUCUCACAGUCGCCGCGCUCGUCGCUCUCCUCCCCGCGCACGCGGCGCCCGCCGCGCCGCUCUGCGCGCUGACGGGGCUUCCGCCGACGAAGCCCGUCGUGCCGCCGUCGCGGUGCCCCGCCGCGGCGCAGCUGUCGUGCUGCACGGACUGCUCGGACACGGGUCUGGCGCUGCAGCUGGUGUCGUCGAACCUCGCGGAAGUCGUCAACCAGAUCGAUCCCUCGCUUGGCGGCUUCAUCGAUGCAGGUCUCACGGUGUGCGAAGCGUUCAAGCCGUACCCCAAGUGCAUGCUGAUGAUCGAGGAGAUUGUGUGCGGCACCACGUGCAACCCAGAUUCGGGAAGCUACGUUAAAAAGUCUCCGACGGGGGAAAUCAUAUUGACGGUCUGCCCGGAAUUUGCGCAAGCGACCUACGAUUCGUGCAAGGACGUCGAAAUCAGUGGCUUCGCGCUCAACCUAAUCAUCCCAACCGCGGAGGCCAUGAUGACCAUGGUCGUAUCCAAUGUCAUUGCAGUCAUGGGUGUUAAGAACUUCAACAUUUCCGUCGCUCCUAGCACAUGCUUCACAGGAGCCGCGGCCGCGCCACCCUACACGCCCUGCUGUGACCCCCUCGUUGUCGACCCCAAGUGCCCUGCGGGGGCAGUGGACACAGUGAAGUACGCGCCCUACAUCAACCGCAACAUUGAUUCUGCCGCCUGCAUGGGGGUUGCACCCCAGCCCGCCCCCGGCCCUUCCACCUCCACUCCUCCCGCGCCUGGUCCCGCUCCGCCUACUGCUGCUCCGCCUACUGCCGCUCCACCUACUGCCGCUCCGCCUACUGCCGCUCCGCCUACUGCCGCUCCGCCUACUGCCGCUCCGCCUUCCGCUGUUCCGCCUACUCCUGCUGCGCCUGCACCCACUGCAGGAGGCCCCCCACCUUCUCCCCAAGCGCCAGGAGUUGCCCCUAGCACCCCUCCUGCCUCGCCUGCAAGCCCCUCGCCCCCUCCCCCUCCUCCCAAGUCCGGGUCUGGUUCCGCUGCUUCGGUGAUGUCAGUGGUGGCUCUGGCAGUUGGCGCUGCAGUGUUCGUGUAA